AUGACUGCCGCCGUCCCGCCUCCAGCUGCUCGCAAGCAGCCACCGAGUAUCGACGAUAUACUAAAGGCCAAGCGCGAGAAAGAAGCGGCUGCCGCAAAGCCCAAAUUCAUACCCAAGGCGGAGAGGGAGCGCAUUGCGCUUGAGAAGCGAAAGAAAGAAGUGGAAGAAGCGCAAAAGAGGCGAGAGUCUUCUAACGGAGACAGCAACGCAUGGAAAAACUCGCAGGAUGAUAAUCGCACAAACGGUCAUAACGGGUCGUCGUCAGUACCUACAGGGCCUCGUUCGAUGCGCGAUGCGCCAACUGGACCGUCGUCUAUGCGGCAUGAUCGCCGCAAUGGAGACAUGGCACCUCCACCACCACCGGACAAGAAGGGAAACAAGCGCCCAGCUGAAGACGCAGAGGCAUUGAUAAGACAACGAUACAUGGGCGCAGAGCAAAAUCAGUCCACGUUUUCGGCCAAGAAGAAGCGCAAGAGGACAACAGAGAAAAAGUUCAACUUUGAAUGGAAUGAAGAGGAGGAUACAAGUCAUGACUACAACCCCAUCUAUCAGCAGAAAGCUGAAGCAAGCUUCUUUGGGCGCGGCAGACUGGGUGGCUUUUCCGAGGAAGUUACAGAUGCAGCCACAAAGAAGAUGGUCGAGGCGAUUAUCGAGCGAGAUCCGGAGCACGGCAGAGAGCGGGCUGAGGCACUACUUGAGAUGGAGCGGCGGCGGAAAGAUAGGGGCGGCCGCGCACAACUGGACAAGCACUGGAGCGAAAAGAGGCUAGAAAACAUGCGAGAGCGCGACUGGCGCAUCUUCAAGGAGGACUUCAGCAUCGCUACCAAGGGAGGUGGAAUACCGAACCCCAUGCGCAACUGGGAUGAGUCGGGGCUUCCGGAGAAGCUCAUGCGCAUCGUCGAUCAAGUUGGCUACACUGAGCCCUCACCUAUUCAACGUGCGGCUAUACCCAUUGCUCUACAGUGUCGCGACUUGAUCGGAGUCGCUGCAACAGGUUCGGGUAAAACCGCCUCCUUCGUCUUGCCACUACUUGCCUACAUCUCACAACUACCUCCCCUCGACGCUUUCAAUCGUCAUGACGGCCCGUACGCCCUCAUUCUCGCACCGACUCGUGAAUUGGCUCAACAAAUCGAAAUAGAGACUCGCAAGUUUGCAUCACCGCUAGGGUUCAAGACUGCUGUUCUUGUCGGUGGUCAUUCUAUCGAGGAACAGUCGUUUCAGAUGCGUGACGGAGCCGAGAUCAUCAUUGCCACACCUGGUCGUCUAGUAGACUGUAUUGAGCGUAGGGUUCUCGUCCUCAGCCAGUGCACUUACGUUAUCAUGGAUGAAGCCGACAGGAUGAUUGACAUGGGUUUUGAAGAACCUGUAAACAAGAUCCUCGAUGCUCUACCCGUCAACAACGAGAAGCCAGAUGACGAUUCUGCCGAAGAUCCUAAUGCGAUGAGAAAGGGAAUGUACCGCCAAACCAUGAUGUACACAGCUACCAUGCCGCCAGCCGUUGAAAGAAUCGCGAAGAAAUAUACACGUCGCCCUGCCAUCGUUACAGUAGGUAACCAGGGCGAGGCUACUGACACCGUUGAGCAGCGCGUCGAGUUCGUCCAGGGAGAAGAGAAGCGGAAGAAGCGUCUCCAAGAGAUUUUGACAUCUGGCGAGUUCUCCGCACCCAUCAUUGUGUUUGUCAAUAUCAAACGGAACUGCGAUGCCAUCGCCCGCGAGAUCAAACACAUGGGCUUCUCAUCCGCGACGAUUCACGGUGGAAAAACCCAAGAACAGCGUGAGGCUGCUCUUGCAUCCCUCAAAAGUGGGCAAACUAGCGUGCUUGUUGCCACAGAUCUGCUUGGUCGUGGUAUUGAUAUUCAAGGCGUUCAGUUAGUGGUGAACUUCAACAUGCCGGGUAACAUUGAAAGCUAUACGCAUCGCAUUGGUCGUACUGGUCGUUUGGGCGCGGACUCGGAUAAACCGGGUGUUGCCAUUACGUUCUGGGGCAAUGAAGAUGCGGAUGUGCUCUAUGACCUCAAGCAGAUUCUCAUGAAGAGUGGGCUCAGUAAGGUACCUGAAGACCUAAGAAAGCACGAGGCAGCGCAGCAGAAGGGCAAGAAGAGGGGCGAAAUCAUGGGCAAGAACAUUACCUAG